CAAAAUGUUAAAAAUAGUGAACGCUUCUAAAACUUUAUUAACAUGUAAUCAUCUAAAUUGGAUGAAACAGUUCAAUGGCUCGUUAUUUCAUACAUCAUCUAUACUUGAUAAAAAAUACAAUGCCAAAAACAUGGGACCGAAAAAAUUUCUUCUUAACAACAAAAAAAUUUAUGAUCCUCAACUUCCAGAUGAAACUCCGCGAAAAGCGUUUGUCUGUCAUAUUAAAGAAAAUAUUAAAUACAGUCCAAAAAAGAUGUGGUACAUUGCUAGCUUUGUUCGUGGUAUGACAGUAGAUGAAGCUGUCAAACAAUUAAGUUUUGUUCUUAAAAAAGCAGCAGCUGACAUUAAGCAAACAAUUCUUGAGGCUCAAGAAAUGGCAGUAAGGGACCAUAAUGUUGAAUUUAAAAGUAAUUUAUGGGUUGCUGAAUCUUUCUGUGGGAAAGGAAAGGUAUUUAAAGGAAUAAGACGGCAUGGAAGAGCUCGAUUUGGAAAAGUAGAAUAUAAGCAUACUCAUUACUUCGUACGACUUGAAGAAGGUGAACCUCCAAAGCAUUAUUAUUUGCCUCACCCGAUCACUCCAGAAGAGAAACUUGACAAAUGGAUAGAUGAGAUGAGAAAAAGAAAAGUUAUAAAUUCACUGUAGGAUAAUGAUGUUAAAAGUAAAACGCGCGAGGAAUACGAAAUACAACUUUAUGGAUUUUCACUGAAAUUGUUUGUGAAAGAAAAUUACAUAUUUGUGAGAAAUUGUAUUUUGGCCGAAAUGAAUGAAAUCGAGGAAUAUUUAUUAAAUCGUGUAACAAAUUCCGAGAAAUCUCCAGACUUGGGUAGGAUGUUAAAAGAACUAUCUCCAAUCGCAACAGAGAAAAUAUACCAACACUCUACAAAUUAUAUUUCUAAAAUAAAUGAGAUUUCCAUGAAGAAUUUUGAAAUACCAAACAACGUAUUGCUAUGUGAAGAUCGUUGUCAUAAGGACAAAAUUUCAAUUGAGGAUCUUAAUAAUUUGGAGCAGGAAUGCGAAGAUAUGACGAGUCUUUUUAUUGAAAGAGAAAACUUGUUGUUUAAUUUAAGUUCAAAAUUAUUUGAUAUCAAAUUGUGUAAAUACAAAGAGAAAACAUAUUUGAAAGUUCUUAUGAAUCCCCAAAAUAAUAAUAAAAUUGGAAAUGAUAUACACAGUAAUGUUAGUGCAUAUUACAAAACAAGAUUCAAAUACACAUCAAUGCAACAGCUAGAAAAAUACUCAGGAGGAAAAAAAGGGGACAUGCGUGGCGUAAAGAGAGUAGUCGCAUUUUGCUGUUUGACAGUAAUUUUGCCAGCUAUUCUCAUUAUUUGUCCUUUGUAUUUGAAGCAUCAAGUAUUCAAAGACCUGAUUUAUGCUGUUGCAGAAUCAGAUAUUUUAGAAAUCACUGAAGGCAUUUCAACAAUUUUUUGUCAAGAACAUGCUUUAAAAAUGAAUUCAACUUUUAAUGCAUUUCAAAUGAAACAUAUGCCUGAUCAAAGUAGCAGUAGAAAGCAUAUCCGUCUCAAGAAGUCGAUGAUCUUACCCGAUGACACGCUUGAGUAUUGGGGAUUUUAUUUAAAGAAAGGUGCCACUGUUCAAUUGAAAGUCUGCUCAAGAUAUGAUGGGUCAAAAAUACUCGUAGUUAAAGGAGAGCGAAAUCUUCGAACAUGCGGGUUAAUGGAUCACAAUAAAAACAAAUUUGGAGCUAGUUUCAACGCAGAACAGUCUCAAGUGAAAGUAACUUUUGAAACAGCUGCUGAAGUUGUAAAUUCGGGUGAGAUUAGUAUUAAAGAAGUUAGUAAAAGGCUCAUUCAAGAGAAAGCUGUUGACGAUGAAUCAAUGCGCAAUAAUGGAGGUGAAGAAAUUAUUGAUUAUGGAGAUGAAAAAUACAAAAAACAGAACGAUUAUGCAAAUAAUUAUCUUAAGAUAGAUAAAAAUGCCAUCAUUCCUAAAUCUUCUGAGUUGAAGGGUAAUUUUGAGAAGUCACAGUCUGAAGUUAAUGAAGAAUCUUAUUACCUUGAUAACAGAAAUGCUGCUUCUCGACAUAACAAAAAGCAAUAUAAAUUGCAAGUGGAUCAAGAGGAAUUGCUUGAUGAGGAAAAUGAAUCAGAGGAUGAAAAUUUACGACGAUCACCUCGAGAUACUCGUUUAGAUGGAGGCAUUAACCAUGGAGGAAAUGCUAAAUAUCCACAAAAUGAAUCUGAUUCUAUAUCAAGCUUUGAAAACGCUCUUUUUGAAUGUUAUGAUGGGCAAAUUUUGGUUGCAAAAGGUUUUCCACCUUCAAAAAUUUGCACAAGUGUGAAGAGCUUAGAGCAAGGAUCGUAUCUUAUAUCAAAACAUGAUGUUAAAUCUGAUGGAUAUUAUUACUACAUUUUCUACUCGGAUAAUGACUACGAUUCAAACAACAUCCACGCUGUUUUCGACAUUUACAAGCCUACAUAUUUAUAUUCUAAUAUUUCAGAAACUAAAGGAUGUAUAAAUUCAACGGAAUGUCGAUUUCCUAUUCAAAUGUUUUCUGACGAGGUUGUGAUUGUAGAAGUGCCAACAAGAGAUGGAAUCGAGCAUGAAGAUGACGACAUCACAUAUUUAUACUCUCAAUGUGUUCCACGAAUGGCUGUUUAUGUUGUUUUUCCGAUUGCUGUGCUUGUUUUCAUACUCUCAUUGAACAGCAUGACGAUCAGACGUUUUUAUCAUUUGAACGCUUUUAGUUCAGCAAACAAUAAAUCAAUAUUUGAGGAUUUAAAAAAAAUUUAUCAAAACAUCACAAGUUUAAAAUCUGAAAAAUGUUUCCAUGUCGAAUUAAUAUCAGGUACAAAUUUAUCAGAAGACGAGGAAAGAAAAUUGAGUUGGAUUCUUCAAGAUCCUCAAGACAAAAGACUUUUUCAAACUGAGCCAUUUCUUGCAAUUACAAAUGAGUGUCAAAAGCUCAUAGAGAUAGGACCUCGCUUUAAUUUUUCUACAGCCGAUUCCACUAAUUCUGUCAGCAUUUGUCAUUCGAUUCAACUUAUCUCAGUGAAAAGAAUUGAAGUUUCCAUCAGAUAUCUUUUCACAUUUAAUAACAAACAUGAAAUUUCUCAACUCAGCGAGACGAUACUUCUCGAUCAUCUCGGUGAUAGAAUGACACAAUGUAUCUACACAUGGGACAACAUUCCCGUUGAAUCAUUUGAUGAACAUUUGAAAAAAGAUAAAGGAUCUUGGUUUGUUGUUCCACUUCUUAGUGAAGGUAAAAAAGCUCUCCAUGAUGUUAAUUCCAAGAUGGGUCUUGCUUUUGACAACUGGGAUAUUGACUACUACAUGAACUUAUUUACAAACAUUUUAAAACGAAAUCCAACAAACGUUGAGCUUUUCGAUUGCGCUCAAUCAAAUAGUGAACAUUCACGUCAUUGGUUCUUUAAAGGUCGAAUGAUAAUUGAUGGUGAAGAGGAAGAAAAAUCUCUCAUAAAAAUGAUAAUCGAAACACAAAAUCACUCAAAUAAGAACAACACAAUCAAGUUUAGUGAUAAUAGCAGUGCUAUGAAUGGAUUUAAACAUGAGGUGCUUCGUCCAACAUGCUUCAUUGGUCCAGGAAAAGUGAAAGUUGACAUCAUUGAAAGUGACUUGAUUUUCACAGCAGAAACUCAUAACAUGCCGACCGCUGUCGCUCCAUUUAGUGGUGCAACAACAGGAACUGGAGGAAGAAUUCGAGAUGUUCAAGGUGUCGGUCGUGGAGGUCAUACAAUUGCAGGAACUGCAGGAUAUUGUGUUGGCAAUCUUCAAAUUCCCGGAUAUCAGCUUCCUUUUGAAACCGCAUUGUCACAUUUAGAGUAUCCAUCAUCAUUUGCGACUCCACUUAAAAUUAUUAUCGAAGCUAGCAAUGGAGCAUCCGAUUAUGGGAAUAAAUUUGGGGAACCAGUGAUCGCUGGUUUUGCGAUAUCUUAUGGCACUCUAAAUAGCGUCAAUCAACGUGAUGAGUAUGUGAAGCCGAUUAUGUUUAGCGGUGGUCUUGGCAUUAUGGAUUCAAUGCAUACACAAAAAUUGAACCCUGAACGUGGAAUGUUGUUGGCAAAGAUUGGCGGUCCUGUCUAUCGAAUUGGUGUUGGUGGUGGGGCUGCAAGUUCUGUUGAAAUUCAAGGAAAUAAUCAAUCGGAACUUGAUUUUAAUGCAGUUCAACGAGGCGACGCUGAAAUGGAAAACAAACUUAAUCGAGUUGUUCGUGCUUGCAUUGAGAUGGGAAAUAAGAAUCCAAUUCUUGCGAUUCAUGAUCAAGGAGCUGGUGGAAAUGGAAAUGUUCUGAAAGAGUUAGUUGAGCCAGGUUAUGCUGGUGCAAUCAUUUUCUCGAAAGAAUUCCAACUUGAUGUGCUUGGAGAAAUGCCAAGAAAAAAAUAUAUUCUGGAAAGAAAGAAUUCCGAAAAUUUCUUAUCGCCACUUGCGUUGUUACCAAAAGAUGACAAUCGUUAUCAAAAUUACAUGAACCGUGUGUUGAGUAUUCUCUCUGUUGGGAGCAAACGAUUCUUAACAAACAAAGUUGACAGAUGUGUCAGUGGACUUGUUGUGCAACAACAAUGCGUUGGACCUUUGCAUACGCCAUUGGCUGAUUAUGCACUCACAUGUGUUUCACAUUUUAGUCGUAAUGGAAUUGCAACGUCUAUUGGAACUCAGCCUAUUAAAGGAUUAAUAAAUUCAGCAGCUGGUGCUCGAAUGUCUAUAGCGGAAUCGCUUUCCAAUUUGGUUUUUGUUAAAAUAUCUGAACUUGCUGAUGUAAAAUGUUCCGGAAAUUGGAUGUGGGCAGCAAAACUUCCAGGCGAAGGUGCAAAAAUGGUUGAUGCAUGUAAAGCAAUGUGUCAAAUGAUGUCAGUGUUAAAUAUCGCUGUAGAUGGUGGGAAAGAUUCACUUUCAAUGGCAGCAAGAGUUCAGAACGAAACAAUCAAAUCACCAGGGACUUUAGUAAUUUCAACAUAUGCGCCAUGUCCAGAUGUGACUAUUCGCGUUACUCCGGAUUUAAAGUCGCCGUCACAUGAGAAAAUAGGAGAAUUGAUUUGGAUCAAUAUUGAAGGAAAAAUGCGAUUGGGAGGGUCAGCGUUGGCACAAUCAUUUUCACAACAAGGCAAUAAUUGCCCUGAUAUUUCAGAUCAUCAUAUCGAAUCUUUAAAAGGAGCCUUUAAUGUGACUCAACAGUUGUUGCAGCAGAAAAUGAUUCUUGCAGGUCAUGACAUAAGCGAUGGAGGUUUAUUGACUUGUCUUAUUGAAAUGGCAAUUGGUGGAAUGUGUGGAAUCAAUGUUGACAUCAAAGACGCAGUGACAUCAUUACAAUUUGAUGACAAUGAUAGCGAUCAUAUUGCUGCUACACUUUUUGCAGAAGAAUGUGGAUGGAUCGUUGAAUGUUCACAGGAGAAUCUUCAAUCAAUUUUGAAAGAGUUUCAAGACAACCAUGUAAAUGUCUUUCAUAUUGGACGCUCAAUUGGUUUUGGAAUGAAUUCAAAAAUCAUUAUCAGAUCGCAAGAUUUCAUGUUCAUUGACGAGACAGUUCUUGAUAUAACGAAGAAAUGGGAACGAACAAGUUACGAAUUGGAGAAGCUUCAAAUGAAUCCACAAUGUGCUAAUGAAGAAUUUCAAUCGUUUGAUACAAGAACUGGUCCAAAGUAUCGACUUACAUUCAAUCCAAAUGAAGUAGAAGUUAAACUUAUGAACUUAAUUGUUUCAAAUCCAUGGCGUGUUGCAGUCAUUCGUGAGGAAGGCAUUAAUGGAGAUCGAGAGAUGAUUGCUGCUUUAAUACGUGCUCGCUUUGAAGUUCAUGAUGUAACGAUGAGUGACUUAUUGGCAAGAAGAACUUUUUUGGAUAAUUAUCGAGGUGUCGUAUUUCCUGGUGGUUUUAGUUACGCAGACACAUUAGGUUCAGCUAAAGGAUGGGCAGCAACGAUUCUGUUUAGUGACUUGUUAAAGUCGCAAUUUGAGAAUUUUAAAAAUCGCAAAGACACAUUUUCUCUUGGUGUUUGUAAUGGUUGUCAAUUGAUGAGUCUAAUUGGAUGGGUUGGAGAUAUGGCGAUGCAUUAUGUCGAUGAUAAUAUGAAUCCAACUGAAAAAUAUCCAAUGAAUCCAAAUGGAAGUGUCGAAGGGAUUGCUGCUUUAUGUUCAAUUGAUGGCCGUCAUUUGGCAAUGAUGCCACAUCCAGAACGUUGUUGUCAAACAUUCCAAUGGCCUUACAUACCAAAUGACUUUGAUUCUCAGCAAUUCAACCCAUGGCAAUCAAUGUUUAACGAAGCAUACAUUUGGUGUUGUGAAUCUUAA